CUCAUCUGUGCUCCUGGUACUUCAACUUAACUACACAGCGGCCGGUGAGAAUAUUUGGAGCGGGAAGAUUCAAAUAUACUUGAAGCGGACCCAAAUUAAGUUUGUGCAAAAUGCCUUUACGUCGCUCUCCCCCGCAGCCUCACCUCCCUUACUCGCCCGCACACUAUGCAACUCCAAUACAAGACUCAGAUACGCCUUCAGAACGGAGUGAGUACCCAAGCGGGUCCAGACGCCAAUCUAAACGAAGACGGGAGAGUGAUGAGAACCUGAAGGACCUCAAGGAUACCAUGACUGAUCGCUUUCUUGCCUUAACUAGUUCCAUGGAGCAACGUUUUAAUAAAAUUAUAGAGCAGAAUAAUGAGCUUAAGUCUAGUGUACAAUUUCUUUCGGAGAAAUAUGAUAUAAUUUUAGAGAAAUUGAAACGGCUAGAAACGGAAAAAGAAUCCGACAAAAAACAUAUAUCAUUGCUAGAGGAAAAGAUAGAAGUAUUAGAGAGGAAACAGAGAUCAACAACGCUUGAAAUACAAAAUGUACCACCUUUCAAAAGUGAGUCAGUAAAAACAGACAACAAGGAGGAGCUACUAAAAAUUCUGAAAUCCCUUGGGACAACAUUAAAUGUCGAGAUAAAUGAUCAUGACAUAAAAGAUAUUUACAGAAUUAAUAUGAAAAAUAAGUCGGCGAAACCUAUAAUCGUGGAAUUAACUAGUGCGAUAAAAAAAGAGAAGAUUAUCUACGCGACUAAAGACUUCAAUAAGAAUAAGACUAAGGAAGCCAAAUUAAACACGAGCCAUCUGCAAAUUCUUGGGCCUGAAAAACCAAUAUAUAUUUCGGAAGCUCUUACAUCUAAAACACAAAAAAUAUUUUAUCUUGCAAGACAAUUUGCGCGGGACCACAACUUUUCUUACUGCUGGACAACGAGAGGAAAAGUCUACAUACGUAAGUCCGAUGGCUCUCCUUUUCAUCGCAUAGAGACAGAACAAGAUCUAUCUAAACUCAAUAAUAAUAUUUGACUCUGUAAAAUAACAAAGUUCCUAGUUUCGCAAUUUAGUAUUAUGUUAUUCAU